CGCACGGCCGUGGAACGCAGCGAGCUAAAUUAUGUAUGCGCUUGCGCACGCCAGUCGCCUAUCGCCCCUCGCAGUAUCAGUCGCGCGCUGGAAACCGCACGAAGCGGACGCGUCGUUCCAAAUUCGAAAAAUAAUCGCGAGUGAUUGCCGCGCGUGGAUAUUAAUUUUUUAACUGUUAACCUGGAUUGAUCGCUCGCCGAGACGAGAUUUGGAAACUCUUGACGACCUUCAUCCUAGCCCUGUACCGGGUCUACGUGGACCUGUACUUCACAUACAUGGAGAUAAACCCGAUAGUCGUGACCAACGAACGUAUUUACCUUCUGGACUUGGCCGCCAAGCUGGACCAGACGGCGGACUUCAUCUGCGCCAAGAACUGGGGCGAGGUGGUCUUCCCGCCGCCCUUCGGACGCGACGCCUACCCUGAGGAGGCUCAUAUAGCCGACUUGGAUGCGAAGAGUGGCGCCAGUUUGAAGCUGACGGUGUUGAACAAGUCCGGACGUAUCUGGACGAUGGUGGCGGGCGGCGGCGCGUCCGUCGUGUACACGGACACCAUCUGCGAGCUGGGCGGCGCCGCCGAGCUCGCCAACUACGGGGAGUACUCGGGCGCGCCCAGCGAGAGCCAGACCGCCGACUACGCCAAGACCAUCUUCAGCCUCAUGUGCAGGGAGAAGCAUCCCAAUGGCAAGGUCUUGAUCAUCGGCGGUGGCAUAGCCAACUUCACGAACGUAGCCGACACCUUCCGCGGUAUCAUCACAGCGAUAGAAACUUACAAGGACGCUCUUAUACAGUACAAUAUCACCAUCUUCGUGAGGCGAGGAGGACCGAAUUAUCAAGAGGGGUUGAGACAAAUGCGCGAAGUCGGCCAUCGUCUACGCAUUCCUCUGUACGUGUUCGGGCCUGAGAGCAACAUGACCGCCAUCGUAGGCCUGGCUCUAGGCCAGUCCCCGAUCCCCAAGGAACACCAGCUGGACUACGCGCCGAAACAACUGCCGAAACCCCAGGCCGCUCCAAAACCGAAGCUGGACAUACCGGAGCUGAACCACAAGCUCCUCGACCUGGUGUGUUCGCAAGCGCCGACCCGCAAGGACCUGGGACAAGGCGUGGUCACCACUAUGUCCCUGUUCACGGACCGGACCAAGGCCAUCAUAUGGGGCAUGCAAAACAGGGCCAUUCAGGGCAUGUUGGAUUUCGACUACAUCUGCCGGCGUACGGAACCAUCCGUCGUCGCCAUUGUCUACCCAUUCACGGCUGAUCACAAACAGAAGUACUACUUCGGUAACAAAGAGGUCUUCAUACCCGUAUUCUCCGAUAUGGACGUUGCUAUGCGCAAACACCAAGAGGCGACCGUACUUGUGAACUUCGCGUCGCUUCGGUCCGCCUACGACAGUACCAUGCAGGCCAUGCAGCAUCCUCAGAUCAACACGGUGGUCAUCAUCGCCGAGGGCAUCCCGGAGAACAUGACCAGGAAGAUCAUCAAACUGGCUGACACUAGAGGAGUCAACGUGAUCGGCCCCGCGACUGUGGGCGGCAUCAAACCUGGUUGCUUCAAGAUCGGAAACACAGCCGGCAUGAUCGACAAUAUUAUCGACAGCAAGUUAUAUAGGCCUGGCAGCGUCGCCUACGUGUCGCGGUCUGGCGGCAUGAGCAACGAGUUGAACAACAUCAUCUCGAAGGAGGCCGACGGAGUCUGCGAGGGGGUCGCCAUCGGCGGCGACAGGUACCCCGGGACUACCUUCAUAGACCAUCUAUUGAGAUACGAAUCGGACCCGAACAUAAAGAUGUUGGUCCUGUUGGGCGAGGUGGGCGGUGUCGAGGAGUACCACGUGUGUCGCGCCGUCAGGGACGGACUCAUCAAGAAACCCAUCGUAGCCUGGUGCAUAGGAACCUGCUCCGACAUGUUCACAUCGGAGGUCCAGUUCGGUCACGCGGGCUCUCUCGCCGGCUCCGCGAUGGAGAAGGCGGUCUGCAAGAACGCCGCGCUCCGGGCCUACGGGGCCGAAGUGCCCGACAGCUUCGACGCCUUAGGCGUGUCUGUUAAUAAGGUUUACCAGAAACUGGUGAAGGAAGGCAAGAUCAUCGUUAAGGAGGAGGUGGACCCCCCCAAAGUACCGAUGGACUACGACUGGGCCAGGAAACUGGGCAUCAUCAGGAAACCGGCCGCCUUCAUCAGCACAAUCUGCGACGAGCGAGGCAACGAGCUGUCCUACUGCGGAGUGCCCAUCAGCCAGGUGCUGGAGAGGAACCUGGGCGUCGGCGGGACCAUCAGCCUGUUGUGGUUCCAGCGCGAGCUCCCCGAGUGGGCGUCGCGUUUCUUCGAGCUGGUCCUCAUAGUGACGGCAGACCACGGGCCGGCCGUGUCGGGCGCUCACAACACCAUGGUCACCGCCAGGGCGGGCAAGGACCUCAUCUCAUCCGUCGUCAGCGGACUGCUGACCAUCGGUGACCGUUUCGGCGGUGCUCUGGACAGGGCCGCGGCGGACUUCUGCGCGGCCUACGACCGCGGACAGCAUCCUCAGGAGUUCGUCAACGACAAGAGGGCGAAGGGAGAGCUCAUCAUGGGCAUCGGACACAGAGUAAAAUCCAUCAACAACCCUGACUCGAGAGUUCGCGAGCUGAAGGCCUACGUGACGGCCCGCUGGCCCGCCUGGCCUGUGACCAGGUACGCCCUCGACGUGGAAGCUAUCACCACGCGCAAGAAGCCCAACCUGAUCCUCAACGUCGACGGCAUCGUAGCGGCCGCCAUGGUCGACAUGUUCAGACAUUGUCAGCUGUUCACGCAGGAGGAAGGCAACAACUACAUCCAAAUGGGUUCGAUCAACGCUCUGUUCGUCCUAGGCCGUACAAUAGGCUUAGUUGGACAUUAUCUAGACCAGAAGCGCAUGAAGCAGCCACUUUACCGCCACCCGUGGGACGACAUCACAUACAUGUCGCCUCUCAACUAAAGGUCAGAGGUCAGAGGUCACACGUAGGGGAGACGGCCAUAGGGACGAAAGUACAACGAAUUCGGGACGAAUGUCAAAUGAAAGUGGGCCGAAUUUGAAAAUUGGAUGAUUUCGGCCUAUUUUUUUCAUUUUUUGAAUUGAAUAGGAAAUUUUUGAUUUUUUAGUCGAUGAUUAUAUUAUUCUGUUUUUUUUUUUUAUUAUGAUCAAUAUAAUAAUGUUAGUUGUGAUGUGUCUCUCGUUGGUUGUAAUUUUUUUAACCAAUUUCAGAUUCAUUGAUCAGCCGUUUUGACAAUAGAUUCAAAUUGAUAAUGCCUUUAAAAAAGAGGGUUUGUCUUGUCAAGCAGUUUUACUAAAACGUCCUGUAUAAAAAUUACAAUUUAAUUAAAUUUCUCUCGCUAUAUAAAAUAUAGAUGGUGACUACAAGUCGCUCAGUUAGAUAAUUAAAUAAUAAUAGACACGUAUUUUUGAUUUUAUCUGAAUUUAAAUUGACAAAAAAUAAACUGUUUUAAAGUUUAGACAGUGAGCUUAUGACGUCACGAUUUCGUAAUAUUUAUACUCAAUCGUGACGUCACGCGUAAGUUUCAUUCUAUAAUAUGAUCAAUUUAUAUUUGCUUGAUAAA